ACUAACUGUCAAAGUCAAACUAGUAACUGAGUACUGAGUAGUGAGCAUAAAAGUGGUAAUAAUAAUAAUGAUAAUAAUGUCGGCUGGUGUCGUGCCCAGUCGACCGGACAACUGAUGACAGCGACACUAGCGACUAUGAUUACUACAAUGCAUAUUUUUACAUAAUAAUUUUUAUUGCUAACUGCUCAGUGCUCAUUCUUACGGCCGUCUCGUUUUGAACAGCGUCUCUCUCUCCAAAAAAAAACGCGGGAAACACGUGCACUGCGUCACUUCUCUAAAGACCGUCUACGAACACUCCGCCAUGUCGGAUGAUCGGCUAUUCGCUAUCCCGGUGAACCGUCCCAACGACUGCUAUGCCGGACAGCCGCCAAAAGACGACGCCGCAGCCGCCACGUGCCCAGUACGGCCGCCGAAGGACGAAACCGAAAUGUCGGAUGUCGUAUUGUUGCCAAAGGAAGAUGACGCCGCUAGUCUCGCACCGGUGCCAAACACUAACGAUGAUCGCCCGUCACCGUCAAAGGAAGACGCCAGCCUCGCACCUCCUCCAGAGGAAGACGCCAGCCCCGCAUCUCCACCGACGGACGGCAUUGCCUCCCCAGCCUGCCUAUCACCGUUGCCUUUGGACGAAACCGUCCCAUCAACGCCAAGGGUCGAGUCGGAAUUUUCUAAGGCCAACGGUCUUGAAAACGCUGACGGAGUUCAAGUCAAGCAUGAAAUUAAACAUGAAACUACUUAUUUGGGCCUCAAUCUAACUACUGAUUUGGGCCUCAAUCUAUUUUUUUAUGACGAUGAUGAUGAAGCAUUUGGUUUUGAUCGUGGACUUGAACCAGAUCAUAUUAUUGGAGCAGUUCAAGUGAAUGGAAAACUAAUGUUUUUGAUGGCAUGGAAAAAUGCAGAAAUUGCAGAUCUACUUGAAGCAACUGUCGUCUACCAUAGAUGUCCUCAAAUAGCUAUUCAGUUUUUUGAACCUCUACUCAGAUUUGUUCCUAAUGAGCAAAGAAAUUAAUUUCUCAUUCCUAUGCAGAAAUAAAUAUUCCUAAUUUUAUUUUAUUAACUUUCUGGUUAGUACAAAAUAUAUUAAUUAGUCUUUAAAACUAA